UAAAUUAGGAGCUUCAUCUUGUGUCCUUUUCCUUUAAGUUGCGCCUAAUUCACCCAAGAUUGGUGGGUUUAUGAUGAGGAAGAAGGUGGUGGUGUUGAAGAAAACUGAGGGCUCUGGCGCCCGGACCCGCACCAGAGUGGGCUCUGUCGUGCACUAUGUGGAGUGUCGGAAGAACCAUGCUGCCAAGUUUGGUGGGUUUGCUGUGGACGGCUGCCGGGAGUUCAUGGCCACUGGAGAGGAUGGGACUGAGGAGGCUUUCUUCUGUGAUGCUUGUGGCUGCCACAGGAGCUUCCACCGCAGGGAGGUUAAUGCUGAAGUUGUUAUUGAGUAUCAUCCUCCAAACCCCAAUCAUUGAUCCCAUCGUCAAAAUUCACACCUAAAACCAAAAGGGUCUCUUCUUAUAUUUCUAUAUGUUGUGGUUUUGAAUUUCAAUCUGCAUUUUGAUGUAUAUCUUAUCAGUUACAGCACAUGGAUGAUUGGGGAGUGGAUAUAUAAAAAAAAACACAGUUUGUUUUUGUUUU